ACUCCUCUAAUAUUUAACUGGGAGUGGUAUGAAAUAAAGGUUAGGUGAAGCAGAGAGCGUUGCCGUCGCGUAGGUCUUGAAGAUGAGUAGCGGCGGUAGAGGUCCGCCCAAGCACCAAAACAAAUUCGCCUGGAAGCCUAACGGCGGCGUUAAGAUCAACCCUACCGAAUUAGGGGGCCAAUUGAGGCCGUUUUCAGAUAUAACUGGAGUUUGCUUUCGCUGUAAAGAACAGAUCGAUUGGAAACGAAAAUAUGGAAAAUAUAAGCCUCUCUCUGAACCUGCAAAAUGUCAACGGUGUUCCAAGAGGAACGUUCGGCAAGCUUAUCACAAUCUCUGUGCUGGUUGUGCUAAGGAGCACCAUGUAUGUGCCAAAUGUUCAUGCCGCGUUGAUAAAAUAAUUGGAAGAGAUAUUUUAGAAGUGGAAGCUGAGCAGAAGACAUUAGAAGAGGCCAUCAAGAAUGCUCGGGAGAGGGAUAGAAGAAGUCUGCUAAGAGCUGUGAGUUUUUUUAUUCUUAACAAACACUUUUGCAUCCAGAAGUCAUUUGCUUGCAUUUUGAAAUUUAUUCUAUGUUCUAUGUUCUGUUGUGUUUCUGGGCAAAAGAGGAGGGGUAUUUCACUUCGAAAGGAACUAAAGGCCCUUCUAGAUCUUCUAGCACAUUCCAUAGAUUGGCGAUUAUACAUAAUUUAAUGUGGCCAGGGUCUUGCAGUUGUUGUAUCAUGUGCACUUGUUCAUGGGUCUGAUCUUAGCAUGCUAGUCAUUAAUUGAUAAAUUGUAAUAGGGGCCUAUAUUUCCAAUGCAUAUGUAUUGACGAUAAGCAUGCAUUUAUGUGUGUUGGCUGUUUUAAGGUGGUGUGCUCGUAGUUUGGGGUACGCCAAAGAGAGUGAGGAU